CGUAAGUUGACGAAAGUCACGAGCGAGAGUUCUCUUCAGGCUCAUCUCUGCAUAUCAUUCUAACUUUAAACCUGUUGUUACCACAAAUUGCCUAUUUCAUUAUUAUAUUUUGUAACAAUCAACCAACGAAUUUCCAUAACAGAAAAUAAUGAACAACUCUUCUGAUCCUCGUCGUCCCGAUAAGGAAGUUCGUUACAAGCCGAUUGUAUCGAAUAGCCAGGCUCAGCCAGGAGAUGAUUUGACGCCAGAUUAUAUGAACAUUUUAGGAAUGAUAUUCAGUAUGUGUGGCUUGAUGAUGCGACUUAAAUGGUGCGCCUGGGUGGCUCUUUACUGUUCAUGCAUCAGUUUCGCCAAUUCGAGAGUGAGCGACGACACCAAACAAAUUCUAAGUAGUUUUAUGCUUUCCAUUUCGGCUGUUGUUAUGUCGUAUCUUCAAAACCCACAACCAAUGAGUCCACCUUGGGCAUCUGCGAUGCAGUAGUAACUUUUAGGAAAUUUGCACUUUGUUAUAUUGUGAAAAUUCUCAUUCUACAAAUUUGCAAUAACUUCUAUUAAGGAUCCACUAAACUGGGUGCUCUGUCAUUCCACAAUGGUGUAAAUAAUAGUUGAUCAGACAAGACUGCUAACUAAUAAAUUGAUGCCAUCUUUGUAUUAUUCGUAUUGAAUCACAACUAUUAAUACUAUGGAUUAGCUGUACAAACUUGAUUAUCACUGGUAUCGAAUAAAACUUUUAAUCAAUUGUUACAUUCUGAA